AUGACAGAUAAAAAUCCAUAUUCACCUGAGUUAGACUUAACCAACCAAUGGCCUUUGGAGUUCUCUGAGUACUUGAAAUUUGACGAAGAUGAAUGGCCAGAUGAUAAUCCGGAGCCAUUUAUUGCCGAACAUGUCACCAACCAAGACAAUGAAUUAGUAGCUGAUUUUGGAGGAAGUGGAAGCCCGAUCGAAGGACCAGCUUCGAGCAGCGAACGUGAGAAGAAGGAAGUUAAAGAUAAAGUUGCAUUCAAAACUAAGUCAGAGGUUGAAAUUCUUGAUGAUGGAUUCAAGUGGAGGAAGUAUGGAAAGAAGAUGGUCAAAAACAGCCCCAAUCCAAGGAACUACUAUAAAUGUUCAAAAGAUGGAUGCCAAGUGAAGAAGAGAGUUGAGAGAGAUGUGGAUGAUCCGAGUUAUGUGAUUACAACCUAUGAAGGCACACAUACACAUCCAAGUUUUCACUAG